AUGCUUCGGCUAUACUUCUUCUCCCUGUUGACCAUUCUGCUCAACACGGUGGGCGUCCAUAGCGCCGCCGUCCAACAUGUCUCGCGCCAGCAGUGUCAGUCCAAAGGUACUCACUGCCCACCUGGAACCAUCAUCGUGAGCGCCUCCGACAAACGCGCCCACUUCCCAACCAUCCAAGGCGCCAUCGACUCUCUCCCCGCCGACACAAGUUCCCAGACCAUUCUCAUCCUAGCAGGGAACUACACCGAGCAACUCAACGUCACUCGCUCCGGACCAGUGACACUCCUGGGCCAAACAUCCGCCUCGAAAGAUGCCACUCGCAACCGCGUGCGCAUCAUCUGGGCCGCGGCCAAUAAAGACAACACAGGCCAAAGCGUCGAUAACGUCUUCUCCAGCGUUCUGGUCGUUGCACCGACCCUUGAAUCUAGCUUGACGGGCUCGGGGACAACAGGCUACGCAGUGCCUGCCGAUACACCAUUCGGCAAUACCGAUUUCCGCGCAUAUAAUAUUGACUUCGAUAACAUCUGGGCUGAGUAUUCGGAUGGACCGGCGCAUGCGUUGAGUUUCUCGCGCGCAAACGGCGGCUUCUAUUACUGUGGAUUCUACUCAUACCAAGACACUGUCUACGUCGGCAAAUUGGGCAAUGCCUACUUCUACAAGAGCAUCAUCGCAGGACAGACAGAUUUCCUGUACGGGUUUGGCACGGCCUGGAUCCAAUCCAGCGAUCUGCAGCUGCGCGGGUGCGGCGGAGGCAUCACGGCCUGGAAAGGAAGCAAUACGACAUUCACGAACAAGUACGGCGUGUAUAUCGUCGACUCGAACCUGCGCGCUGCGAAUGCUUCCAUCGCGCCGGAUAUUAAAGGAAAGUGUGCGCUUGGACGACCAUGGAAUAGCCAGCACCGAUCUAUCUUUGCGAAUUCCUACGAGGAUGGCACGAUCGAUUCGAGCGGGUAUAUUGAUUGGGUGGUUUCUGGUGUUGCGAGAUUCGAGAAAGGAGUUACUCUCAUGGCUGAAUAUGGCGCUUUUGGACCUGGGUUUAAUGCCUCGGGUCGUGUGGCUGGUGGUGUUACAACUGUUUUGGAUAAGAAGGCGUAUGAGCCGUAUAGUACGCCGCAGAAGGUUUUCCAGAACCAGGCCGGUGUCUUUGGGAACACGAAGUGGAUUGAUUGGGAUACCGUCCAGGCCAGCAAUUGA